CAGCUGCAUUCUCUUCCAGCAGGCUAGUUAGAAUUUGGAAUUCACAGAGUGAACGUCACGCUGAAGAUGCACCUCCAUUACGUUGUUGGAUUCUUCUUAGUCGGCUGUAUGGUUCUGGCCCAACCUCAGAGCCAGCAGAACGCCACACGCAACACAACUAAUAUCAAUGGGAAUAAUACUGGAAGACACAUAAUGGUGCGGAAGUUGCACGCUGAUGAGAAGCAGGGCAAAGGAAUGGUGCACAUAGUGAUACACAAGAUUGAACCCGGACAUACCUACUACAAGGUGUUUAAUGGCGAUGAGGAGGCAGCGCGAGGAUUCACCAAUAAGAUAUGGAAUCGUUUGUUUAAUCGCUACAGCACAAUGCGCAUAUAAAUUAGUAGUCUUAAUUCUAUUAAUUAAUACGUUUGGGAAUAAGUUAGCUUAAGUGAUAAUUAUAAAGCUAGAACUGAAUAUGGAA